AUGGCUUCGCGACUGGUGCUGGUCCUGGGCGACCUCUUCAUACCAGACCGAGCUUCAUUCAAGAAACUGCUCGCGCCUGGAAAGAUCGGCCAAAUCCUUUGUCUGGGCAACAUUACCGACCGCGAAACCUACGAAUUCCUGCGCGCCAUCGCGCCCGACCUACAAAUCGUGAAGGGUGACUUCGACGUCGAAGCACCUAAUCUCGCCUUGUCAAAAGUAGUCACGCACGGCAGUCUACGCAUAGGCUUCACACAUGGCCACACCAUCAUACCACCCGGCGAUGGCGACAGUCUGCUGAUAGCGGCGCGGCAGAUGGAUGUCGAUGUCUUGCUAUGGGGCGGCACACACAAGUUCGAGGCGUAUGAAAUGGAGGGCAAGUUCUUCGUCAAUCCAGGAAGUGCGACAGGGGCCAUGUGUACGGGAUGGUGGACUGAGGAUGAGGAACCUACACCGAGUUUUGUAUUGAUGGAUGUUCAGGGCGAUGUUCUCGUACUGUACGUGUACCAACUACGCAAGGAUGCCGAAGGCAACGAAAAUGUCGCAGUGGAGAAAGUGUCAUUCCGGAAGAACGGCGGCGGCGCAUCAUAG